CAUUACCUUAAACAUAUCACAGUAAACAAUGUACAUGACCCAGCCUGUAGCUUUUCCGUUGGUCGCUGGAACAAAAAUAUAAGUUUGCUGAUUACGAAAAAAGACAGUACGUACAUCAGAAUUCCACAAAGAAUAGCAUUUGAAACAAUCCAUUUCAUGGCAAAAUGGAAGAUGCAUUUGGUGUUUGUUGAAGACUUUAGAGAUUGGUGAUUUCACGGUCCAAGCUUGCAGUUUUGUAAAGAAAUUUCUGGACGUACGUAGCAUUUCAUCCAAAAGGUGCUGAAAAAAAAUUUCUACCGCCUUUUGUAUUCUCACCAGCACGAUGGAGUAUUACUUCUAUGUAAUUUUGAUUUUUGCCAUUGUCCUGAAGCUGACGGUGUACCUGUGCUGGUACCAGGUCAAACGAAGUUCAGCAACUCGCGAAGUGCGUAUCAUCAUGCCUGAUGGUACCACUCGUUGCGCUGUUAUCUCGGCACGGGGGUGGGUGAACCAAUCGCCACGAUCAGAGGAAAGACAGAAUUUACCACAAGCGGAGUCUCUGGCUGCGCACGACAAUCAAGGGAUGGUGGAGUGCCCCGUGCAGCCUCGGUAUGGGGAUGCCCUUAACCCGCAGGGGCAGUUGACUGGACCCCCGGAGUACAGCAGCCAAGAAUGGAAACUUCCCAAGUACGAGGAGGUGACGGGAAUGCCCCCGCCGUACACCAUGGCAGAGCCAGAAGCAACCAGUGCUGUCCAGCCAGUUGACUCCAUUCAUCCAGUACAGGCCCAGAUUUCCGGCCCACCACCGGCUUAUCCAGGAAACACUUCCUUCCCUGCUUCCGCGUACUCUGAGCCCUCUGUUAACGAAUCCUCUUCAUUUCCACCCCAGCCACCCACGGCAUCACCAGUGGAUCUUGCCACAUUAUCCAGCGGCCCCCACAUUACUGUGCCGCAAUCUACCAUUCCAAGUACUGGACAUCAAAGUUAGGUUUGUCCCUUAAAUACAAGUUUUUGUCUGUCUUUUCAUUCUUUUUUUAUAAAUGGUGGGUACUGAAUACAGAUUUAGGGUUUCUGAACAACUCAAUUUUUUAAUAGUAUGUUUAAGUUCACUUUCAACUUCUGACUUGUCUCAGUUUGCAUGUGAUGAGAGUGUUCAAAGGAAAAAGUACAACUUACGUUGACAAUAAGUCAUUGCCUUCUUCGUUCAAGCUCCUGAUCGUGGAGCUCUUGGUUAUCGGUCACUGUUUCUCUCUCUACUUCAAAAUUUUAUAAACCAUGAGGAUAGCACUGCUUCUUACCAUGCGGCUGUAUCUACUGUUUGAGCAAGGACUCCCUCACCAACCAGGAAAAAAAGUGGCUUGGGUGAGACUUCAGCACCACUGGUGCCGGCUGCCUGUGCACCUGGUGGACACAUGACAAAGCUAUAGAUUUACAAAAAGGUAUCAAGAACGCAUUGGACAAAACAAUUCUAAAAAAUGAAUAUUUCUUUUUUUUCAAGUGCUGGAUGUUGAAUAUUUAAGAGAAAUUUCCCCUGGCACAGAAUUUGGUGACAUAAAAACCUUGCCAGGAAUCACCAGCUACAGUAAACUCCGGCUAAGUCAGCACCCUUGGGACCCCGAAAAUUGUGACAACUUACACGGAGGGCGACUUUACUGUAAGUCCCCAUUUUGCCGACUUACAUGAAAUGGUGACCAGUGCAUACAUCUAUGUACAUGCUGCAAAGGGGAAAAAAUGUGCACUAAAAGUUUAAAACCUUCAAAUUUCACGAAAGUGGAAAAUACCUACACAUGAAGGGGUUUGUAGUUCUGUAGUACUGUGAACUAACUCAUUCGCUGAAUCUCUUUUGAAGAUGUACUUUGUAUGGGGGGAUGUUAAUUUUAAUUACAGGUUUUUCAAUUCGGGUUGUCACGGGAAUUGUUGGUUCCGGGCCAUUCCAUGCCGUUCUUGCUAUUUUUGGCAGUAGGAACCAAUGUGCCAUACAUGCGUCAUCAAGUCUCUUACACUAACCCACACUGCGCUCGCAAUGCAACUUGUCUCAUGCUGGGGCUGCGGGAAAGUAGAAAUUAUCAAUUUUGACUCCCCACGCCCUCAUAUUAUAUACAGAUAUUUUUUGCGGGAAAUACAUGCAAUUUUUACAUGGCAUGUACAUGUGAUAUACUCUAAAUGUACACAUGCUGGCAGGGAAAGGUGUGGAUCCGUGCAUGACAGCAGUGGCACACAAUGCCGGGCUGGGUCAUGUUCUUACUGUGGAAUGCUACAUAAACACGGAUGUGCCAAUCACGGAAUGUGGGGAGACCCCCAAGUGAUUUUGCAAGGCCCCUCUUUCCAUAUCUAAAAGAAAAAAAAUUUGCGUGGGAGAAAAAAAAAUACACAUGGGAGAAGCAUUGUUAUUUUUUGCGGGGCCCAAGAAUGAAGGGGCUAAGAGUUCACUCCUGGCUUUUUCACAGCCACAAAAGAAUUUUGACAGCAUAUUAUCAAAACAUUACGGAAAAGGAAUAUAUAUAUGAAUAAAACCAUGCCCAUUAUAAAAGACUGUCCAUGCUGUAUGCGAAAGAAUCUGACUUUGUAGGGAGCCAUUGGAGUGGUUAAAAAUACAGCAAUUUCAAAGUGAAAUUACGGGGGACGACUUGUAACUUAGCACUUUAUUACUGAGUAACAUGAGAAAAAAAGUUGAAUUUAAAACGAUUUUAAACCUGUAGGUAAAAGGAAUUAUUACUUUUCAUCUACAUGUGUAUUUCCUGAAGUAUAACAUUUCUGAAUUCCCUGUAUCAAAGAGUGGUGAAUUUCCAUUUGUUUUCACUGAGUACAUAUUUCUAAAAGUACAUGUAGUCCUUAGUCUUACUUUCGGACUCUAUGGAAUGGUGUUUAGCAGGCACUUAUGUUGCCAGGAGGAAAGCAGCACAUUGCUUUCAUUUUGAACAGGGUCAGCGUUGAUGUAUUCAUAACUAAAGCUUCCCUCAGCUGUAUGCACACUGAUGGCAAAGGUUUCGCUUUCAUUAGAGGCUUGUUAAAACAGUAUGAUACAAAACAAAGAUGCGUGAUUCGUGUCAGCUGAAGACAAUAACUAGCUUUAUGAUGGAAAGUGAAAGUAUGAUUAUUUGUCUAUGAAUUGUGAUUUCUUAAUUAAUGUUGGACUGCACUGUAUGCUACUGUUGAAAUGCAGUCUGGGUUGUAAAAUUAUCAGCUUUUUAAUACAUGAAGUACCCGGUACCCAGAAUUUGUUUUUUUAUAAGUUUUAUUUCACUGGUAAUCCAAUAAAUAGCACAGAAAUGUGACUAUACUGUUCCCAUUGGUAGGUGAAGCAUAUAUCAAUGAAAGUGUUUCAGUAAUUGCUACUGUAGAGAUACUUUGAAUUUGUUAUUAAAGCACAUGUAUUGGCUCUGUUCUCUGGCAGGUUGUGAAGCAUUUUAGGAUGGGCGUGUGUAAAUAUAGGUUGCACGUCAUGUAGAGAAUGGAGGUGCUGAACCAUGGUCAAUUUGGAUCUAUAGUUGCACCACAACUAACCCUCAGCUUCCUAAGAUUCCAGAUUCUUUAAAAUCCAAAUAUGUACAUGCACCAGUACAUGGUAGGUUUGAAGGACUUUGAAGAAUUUAGGAAGAGGGAGCCUGCCAUGUGUUCCCUUACUUGGGACUUGAUGCCCUCCGAUAAGUUUAAAUACAGAGCUUGUGACGUGGGGCUUCUGCACAGCUGAUGAUUUUGAAGGUUUCGGGAAUUACCCUAGUGAAAUAUCUGGGGUUAGAGCUAAGAUAACUACAAUGUGAUAGAUGCUUUAUGAGUAAUGGAAGUUUUAGAGAGGUUUAAUAGUAAUACUGUUUUCUGUUUCAUUAGAAAAAGCUGUAAAAUUGUGGGUCAUGCUCAAAGGAAAGCACAGUUUCUUUUCAUACUACAUUGUACAUGUAGAAGGAAUUUUAAAAAAAAUUUUUUUCAGUUCACAUUUAAAUUUCCAAUGAUGUGUAUUUGUGUUUGCCAGCCUGUUGAGUAUACGUAGAUAUCACAAUGCCCCACUGUAAUAUAUUGUAGAAUACAAGUGAUGACUGUUCGUAUGCGCAGUGGUAAGAACAGUUUCAUGAAAGAAAAGAUGGAAUACAUGUGUUCCAUUCCGUGAGAUGAAAGCUGAGCGGAAUAGUACAUUUCUGUCUGUCAAGAAAUGAAUCUUUUCUUACGAUCACACCAUAUUAAUAUGAAACACCCAUCAGUUUAAUGAAAUGCCUGCAUACGUCCCAAAACCUCCGGCAUCACUUGAAUAAAUCUUGCAAAAAUCCCUGCUGGAACAAAUGCGUUGUAACUGACCUACAAUGGGUGAGCUUAGAAAUUUCUAUUGACAGUACAAUAGAACGUCCCAUUUACUGCACAAUGGAAUUUUUGCCUGUGCAUAUGGAUGGAAAAGUCAGUGACGUGAUUGACAAUCCGCCAAUCAGAUGAUGGGGAUUUAUUCUGGUAUUGUAUAAAAUAAGCAAAUAUCCACGGAGAAAAGGCGUCUUUUGGGGUUAGAAUUUAAUUAUUAAGCAUUACUUGGAAACUCCACAUCUGCAUGUAGAUGCAGUUAAUAAUAAUGGCGACAAAUUAUGUGACCAUAUUUGAAAGACAUAGUGCCUACUUUGAAUAUUCAAUUUACUGGAACCAAAGGUAGCAAUCGACAUUGUAGGCUGACCAUUCCUCAGCAAAUAGAAACCAUUGUACAUGAAAAACGGUGUAUUUUUAUGAAUUCAUGUUCUACCAUUUAUGACCGAAGUUACAGGUGUAUUUUCAGACCAUGAUAACCAUGCAUAUUUUUAGUGUAUAUAUAUGAUAGUCAUUUGUAUUAUGUACAUAUUUGUCAGUCACCCAUUAUAAUCAUCUCAUCUAAUGAAAUCAAAGCAGUGAUGUAUCCUGAUCUUAGAUAAGGGGACUGUGGUCGGAGAUGGGGCCAAAAUAGAAUUUUUUUUCUUAAAAUGACUCCAAAAUUUUUAUCCAUGUUUGUUUUAUUUUUUGCAAUCCUUAUGACUCCCUACCUCCAAAAAGUGGUAGUGCUGUCUCUAAUAUGUUGGUGUUGUGAGUUCCUUAAAAAAAAAUGGCAAUAUGUCUCCAAAGGGCCAUGAUACUUGCCCUCCUAUUCCCCGCUGGAUAUGUCAUUGAAACCAAGGCAGUGAUAAAGCUACUCGGUGGAAGGUAAGCUGUGUAUUAAAGCGGAUUCAUUAUGGGGAAGUUAAGAAGUGGAAAGGCAAAUGGAAAUGAACCCAAAAGAUAUCACUUCCAUGGUACUCUGUUUCACUUCUGAAAUAAAAAAGCACUGUACAUGCACGUUUUUCUUUCCUUGGCAUGCAUGCAGAGACGUGGAUUAGUGAUCCCCUAUUCUCGUACAUGCUGUCCAGCCUAUGUAGGCUGGUGAAAUAUACAUUGUAAAACCGGAAAGGCUUAGGUGUUGCUAGUUGCAUACAGAUCUCAAAGUACGUACAUAUGUAUCCAAAGUCAGGGGACUAGACACUGGCACUGCUGCAAAAUAACUUCUUUGCAAUUCAUUACAUAUGUGUACACAUUAAUUGCCAUUUACAAAUACAUCGUCGCACAUCUGAUGAAUCAGCGAAUCGACCAUUUCGGUGAUCUGCAGAUUUUGUCUCACGAACUGAAGAAUAGGUUUGACAGCAGUAUUCAAACAAAGUAUUGCUCACAGAGCCAGAAAUACAAAUUAGGAAAUGAUUUCAGAGACCUCUUUUGUAUCUUUUAUAGACAGAGAUCAAAAGAGGGUUGAAUUAAAUAUCUAAAAUGAGCACACAAUAACUGCUUAACUUAAAACAUGUUUUUCUCGAAAACGGUGGUAACUUGUUUUCGUCGGUUCGUCAGAUAUGCGACGACAUGUAUGUCAAUCACAGUGCUUUUAACAUGUACUGCGUUCAUCAUGUAUAUUGGAAGGUCUUAUCUGAGCACACGCCCCAAGCUUAUCGAUGUUAUUUUCUGUGUUGCUGCCGGUUUCUGUAUUAUUGUGUAAUAGUAUUAAUCAUAGCUCUGUAAGAAAUCUUUAAGAUUGCUUUUGAAUUCAGUACAUAAAAUAGUUGGAAAACAUUUCAAAAAUAGUUUGGAGCAGUACAUGCAUGAUAAUGAUGCCUUAUAUUUUUGGCCAAAUAACUUGACCUGGAUGUAGCAUGCAGUUCGUGUCUGGUGCGGGCUGUUUUUACCGGUCAGACUGAAUUCCUGUUCUAACCAUAUAUCUCCGUCAUCAUCUGUCUGUACAUGAGUAUACAUGUAAUGUUCUGGCUUCAAACUGUCCAGCUCUUAAGAGAUUUUAUCUGUUUGUGGGUUUUAAACAAUGCAACUGUUCAGACUUCAUCUGAUGCAUGUGGGAGGUGUAAAUAUUUAUUCAGUCCAUGUACAUGUAUAUCCACAAAUGUCAUAUCUAGUAAAAUGUGCUGUUUAAUGCUUGUCAAGUAAUCUUUUCAGCAAUUUAUGAAGCAUUGUUAGUCAUACUGUUGGAGACUCUGAACACAAUCAUUGAAGAAUUUGGACUUGGCCGUUACUAGCCAUGAGUGCAGUGUUACCGCUGUCAGAGUCUGCUGAAGUCUAACCACAUAAAUAAAUUGCGUCAUUUUACAGAUAAAGGA